CCUUGUGGCCGAUUCCAUUCCCUUCUCGUCCAAAUCCGUUCCUGAAAUUUUGAACAAAUACUCAAUGAACCCACGAUCAGUAGAAGCCGAUAUUAUUGAAGAAACCAUAGCAGAGUGCGAGGCGCCUGCAAUGAAAAGGGAAGACAAGAAGUGGGCGACUUCCCUGGAGUCAAUGGUUGAUUUCACUACUUCAAAGCUGGGCAAAGAUGUUCUAGCAGUUUCAAGCGAAGCACAUAAAACAGAUGCAACAUUCCAGAAUUAUGGUGUUGCGGAUGUUUCCAAGUUGAACAACAAUGAUAAAACAAUUUUUUCUUGCCAUAAGCAAAACUAUGUCUACGCGGUUUUUUACUGCCACACCACGCAGAAUACCGAUGCAUACAUGGUUAAUUUAGUUGGUGCUGAUGGAGCUAAAGUCAAGGCUGUGGUUGUUUGUCACAAGGAUACAUCAGAAUGGAAUCCAAAGCAUUUGGCCUUUCAGCUGCUAAAUGUGAAGCCUGGAACUGUUCCAAUCUGCCAUUUCCUUCCUGAGGAUCACAUCGUCUGGGUUCCAAAGAACUAAAUAUUCUGCAGAAACUUGUUUACAUCUCCAGAUUGAUCAAUAUUUGUUGCUUUGAUGCUGUUUUUAUAUACGUCUUCUUCAGCCUGGGUGUUCAAGUCAUUAUCUUCCCAUGAUUAAAUUAAAUAAAUCCUUGUUUGGCCUCGUCGUCAC